AUGGAUUCGAUGAGGUCGCUCAAUACCUCGUUACCGUCUGCUCGCCCUGCCCCACCUGAAGAACUUCUCCAAGCCUUCCGAAAUGCCGCCUUGUCCGUCACAAACCUAUAUAAGUCUGCCGUCACGGAUCAGAAUGUCAGUCGACAAGCCGGAUACCAAGAAGCGCUUGAUGACCUGCUGAGUUUCCUGGAUCGUGAGAACCUCGGGCUGCAGGAUGGCGAAGGAUGGAGAGUGCGGCAGUGGGCCACAGAAAGAUAUGACGGGUCUGCCCACCCACAUCAAGCCGACAGCGAUGAUGACAAGAGCGAAGUCGGACCUCGACCACGAAGUAUCUCUCCUUCGAGGGAGCAGCCGCCGGAGCAGUCGUCGACACAACCCGAGCCCGCCAAGGCGGAAUCAUCAACCCAGACAGAGGAUGCCACAAUCUCCGCCAUCCCUGACCAGGCCAGUUCGACGACAGUCUUUCAGUUCACGGGAGCACCUACACCACAUGCUCCUGAUCACAUGCAGACCGACGAAGACGAGGCCGAGUGUGGAGGAGACAAUGGGCCUUCGUCGUCAUCAGCAAGCGCGCCGAUUCGACUGGAAAUGCUGAACAACAGAGGGCUUCGACCUUCUAAUAGACAUGGCAGUCAACGACACGGAGCACGGCCAUCUAACCGAGAAUUUACCUUCACAGCCGGCGCGAAGAGGAAAUUGCAAUUCCCUGAUUUCUUCGAUAUCUCCAACAUCGGGCCGAGAGAUGGGUUCGGGAGCAGCAAGCGAGGACGCAUAUCAUGA